AUGGAACGAGUUCGACGAUGUGAUCCAUACGCGAUUCCCGUCUGCGAAGACAUCGUUGAACGCCUUGAGAUUCUACAAGAUCUUGUCGAUCACAAAGUCAAGCUUUCAUGGAGCUCUUGCUAUCAAGAUUUCUGGAUGAGAAGCCUUGUCUACGCAAAUGGCGACAAAUUGGUGCCUGAACUCGAGAAAAACAAGCUUUCACUUGCGCAAGGAUUGGGACCCGGACCAAAGAAUUGGAAAAUCGAGAACUUCGUUGAUGCCGAUGACUUAGAUGCACUAUACGACUUGAAAUUGAAGCCGACGGACGAUGGCGUUUUCCUUUGUUUGCCAAUCGCCAUUCUAUUUCCGAAUCGUGUACUUGGAAUACGUGACUGUCGCGAUUGGGGAGAUGACGCUACUAGGGCCGAUCGACACCAAACAGCCAAGAAUCAAAUUCAGAUAGCCGUCAAGAAUCAAAAUGUACACCAGCACAUGCCGGCUCCAUGGAAAAAACACGGUGAUGUGGUUGUUCUGAAGCCUUUGACAGAAACGGGUGAUUGGAUUCGAGUCAUCAUUCUUGCACACGCCGGCUCUGAAGAUCGAGAAGAGGAAGAAUGGUUGGUGGCACCGGUUGAUGCUUACGCUAUCGGAGAGGAACUGACCUGGAAAAUCCAUCAGCAUCGACUUUAUGUUCUCCCAAAGGACAUUUCGCUUUCUGCUUUGCCCUGCGAUUUAUUCACUGCCAAUCUACGUGGACUUGACACUUUGCGAUUUGGAAUGGGUCCCUAUGUUCGAAUGAUCCUGGACGAAUACAUCACGAAACCGCUGACUCUAAGACAACAUCGCAGUGUGGGAAUCAUCGACCAAGAGCCCGAACAAGACGUGAAUGUCGAUUUCUUGAUUAUGGUGGAUCAUGAAAACGGAAUCGAAACUCCAAUUAUCAAGUUUGACUCAUGGCAUCCCUUCUUUCUCACCAAUUACCAUACAAUGCCACGUCGCCCAAAUAUUCGCGAAUUGAUGCGCACAAUCUGGGAUUAUGGCGUAAUCCACCAAAUUCUACCGAACUACUACGUGGCUUCGGAUGAGGAUAAUGGAUGUAAUCGAUUCGACUGCCGAAAUGUUGAUUGCUUUAUGAUUGGACGACACAAUGUUCCAUAUCCAGACGUCGAUGUGAAGCUU